AUAAUGACGGUGGCCACGGGUGACCCCUCGGAUGAGGCAGCAGCACACCCAGGCCACCCUCAGGACUAUGAUGCAGAGGGAGAACAGGACUGCUGCGAAAGAGUCGUCAUUAACAUUUCAGGCCUUCGCUUUGAGACGCAGCUCAAGACGCUGUCGCAAUUUCCAGAGACUUUGCUUGGUGAUCCAAAGAAGCGCAUGAGAUACUUUGACCCAUUAAGGAAUGAGUAUUUCUUUGAUAGGAACCGGCCAAGCUUUGAUGCCAUUCUCUACUACUACCAGUCUGGAGGAAGGUUACGGCGCCCUGUAAAUGUGACUCUGGAUAUUUUUUCAGAAGAGAUUAGGUUUUAUGAACUUGGAGAAGAAGCCAUUGAAAUGUUUAGGGAGGAUGAAGGUUUUAUCAAGGAAGAGGAGAGACCAAUGCCUGAUAAUGAGUUUCAAAAGCAGGUAUGGCUGCUGUUUGAAUAUCCAGAAAGUUCAGGACCAGCAAGGAUUAUAGCCAUUAUAUCAGUCAUGGUGAUUCUUAUCUCUAUAGUCAGCUUUUGUCUAGAGACUCUUCCUGUUUUUCGUAGUGAUGAGGAGGACUUGCAUAAAGUCCACAAUUAUAAUACUAACACCACAAACACCUACACGUCCACCUCUUUUACUAAUCCUUUCUUCAUCCUAGAAACACUCUGCAUUAUCUGGUUCUCUUUUGAGUUCCUGGUUCGAUUCUUCGCCUGCCCAAGUAAAGCCAGCUUCUUUGUUAACAUAAUGAAUAUGAUUGAUGUGGUGGCCAUUAUCCCCUACUUCAUUACACUUGGAACAGAAUUGGCAGAGAAAGCAGAGGAUGGUCAACAAGGGCAGCAGGCAAUGUCUUUAGCCAUAUUGCGAGUCAUCAGACUCGUGAGAGUUUUUAGGAUCUUCAAGCUGUCACGUCACUCCAAGGGUCUUCAGAUUCUGGGCCAGACUCUAAAAGCCAGUAUGAGGGAACUUGGCCUGCUUAUCUUUUUUCUCUUUAUUGGAGUCAUCCUCUUUUCAAGUGCUGUCUAUUUUGCUGAGGCGGAUGAACCGCAGUCGCAGUUCUACAGCAUCCCUGAUGCCUUCUGGUGGGCUGUGGUUUCAAUGACGACUGUUGGCUAUGGAGAUAUGGUACCCACCACCAUUGGUGGCAAGAUUGUUGGUUCUCUGUGUGCCAUUGCUGGUGUGCUAACCAUCGCCCUACCCGUGCCUGUCAUUGUCUCAAAUUUUAACUACUUCUACCAUCGUGAGACAGAUGGUGAAGAGCAGGCCCAGUAUCUGCAGGUUAAUGUCCCUAAAGCUGAUUCCCAAGAGGAACUGAAAAGAAGUCAAAGUGGUUCCACUAUCAGCAAAUCUGACUAUAUGGAGAUCCAAGAAGGGGUGAACAACAGUAACGAGGACUUUCAGGAAGAAGAUAAAAAAGGCAAUUGCACUCUGGCCAACACAAACUAUGUCAAUAUAAAAAAAAUGCUGACUGAUGUAUAA